ACUUUGCAUUAAUGCUGUGUUAUAAAUACAGGCCUGAGCGAUUUUAAAGCAGUGAAGUUUUCUAAAUAUUUAAUCAAAAUAUUAGUAAAUUGAAAGCUGAUAUGUGGACGUGGGGCUGGCCUCACCUUCCAAACCAGGAAGCUGCUGUCUCACCCUCUCUCACACCCCGGGGAGGAAACUGCGAAACGCUCCUCUGUAAGGUUUAUAUCUUGACCACCCUGCGAUGUUGAAAUGAAGAUUGACGAAAAAGUUGUCAGCUACUUUGAAUCUUGCAACUCACCUGUGGACAAAGAGGGGUACCUCUCCAAAAAGGGUGAGAUAAAGACUUCCUAUCAGAAGCGCUGGUUCGUGCUGAAGGGAAACCUCCUCUUCUACAAGGAUCGACCGGGGGACAAGGACUUGAUUGGGGUCAUUGUUCUGGAGGGCUGCACCGUCCAGCUGUGUGUGUCCGAGGAGCAGUUCGCCUUCUCCAUUGUGUGGAGCGAGCCAGGACUGCGGACGUACAAGUUUGCGGCGGAGGACCAGGCGAGCCAGGAGAGCUGGAUCAAGGCUCUGCUGUCGGCCAGCCACAGCUACCUGGCCCUGCUGGUGACAGACAUGGAGAAGCAGUACAAAGAUGCAUUGAAUGCACAUUCCAGUGAACUCCGCCGACCUUUCACGAUGCCAAACUUCCACUCAAUUGGACCAAACUAUCCCGCGACCCUUCCUAGCACACAAGCUUCCAUCCUGCCUUCAUCUGCAGGUCAGUCUUUGGGACCAGGAGCCUCGCUGAGCUCCAACCACGCGCUUCAAGUCUCAAGCAUUUCAGCUUCCAGAGCAGUUUCUAAGAAAUCGCCCAAACUUUGGCCCAAGAAAAGCUCAAACAUGGUGUCUGUCAGCAGCACUCCUGCUCUGCCUUUAUUUGACUCUCUAUGUCUGUCCUUAGAUCCAGAGGAGGAUUUCAAUAAAAUGCAUGAAGACUUUGGAAAAGAAGUAAAGAAACUCAUAUGUGAUUGGUCCAGAAAAAGAGGUGGUGGUGAAUUAGCUGCAGAAGAAAGCUUAAUAGAUUUUGGGUGAAGAAAUUAGAUUUAAGUUCCCAGUGUUUAAUUAUAAUAUGAAAACAUGUUUGCAACAUUUCAAAACUUUUUUUUGUAAGAAUUGGAAAAGCAGUCUUAAAUAUAUAUGCUUAAUGCCAGUACAUUGUUAAUUUUUUGUUAUGUUUUUCUGUCAAAGAUUAAACCAAUAAACUAUCUUUAAUCUUUUUA